CUAUGGCUGACAAGCCCGCUUACGUAUCAACGCGCCUAGGGAUCCCAAGGGGCUGUUGGAAGCCAUUCGUCGGGAGCUAUUUGAUGAAUCACCUCUAGAGAUAUAGCUCUGUCCCGACAUUACCCGGCGAAUUCGACCAUAGAUGUGUCGUCUUGGAGUCCAUGAGGCAUCACUGGAUAGGAAUCCUGUGUAUCAUUGGCGCCCGCACAGUUGCGCUUCAAUAUGAGGGUGUGGGCAGCGUUGGAAAAGAUGCAGAGCCUCACCAAUGCUAUCGUGGGUUCUUCAGGAGGGAUUCGAACAUAAAAUGGCUGAGGGUAGACCUAAAUUUCUUCAGACUCGCUCAGAGUUAAAAUUAGGCAAUAUAUUGGUGCGACAUAGACGAAUGGUAUAUUUUUAAGUUGAUCUUACCCCUGAAUCGUUAUCAUGGCAGCUACUCCGCUGUCGUAUUAUCCUCCUGAGGAUCAGCUCGCAGCUCGUAUCAAAGCAUUCGAAUCCGGUGCUUCAUUGACAAGUGAACGCCUCGGUUCGAAGGAGAAUGUGAGGCUGCCACGUUCUUUGGACUCGCCCCUGGCUUGGACCCGUCAAGACAUCGAGAAGGACAUGCACCAGUGCAUAUUGAAGCUUUCAGAAGCCGAUAUCACUUCUCUGGAAAAAGCAGCAAAAGCAUUCGAAGACCAAGCUAUUCCGCUGUCCGACAUAUCCACCGAGAAUUUCGUCCUUCCUCAAGAGCUCAAAGAACGCCUUCGGAAGGUAUCUAACCAAUGCUACUAUGGCCGUGGAUUUACCGUCGUUCAAGGCCUCGAACCCGAUAAAUACAGUCCAGAGUGGAAUGUGAUUCUGUAUGCUGGCAUCGCAGCACACGUGGCUCCCCAACAUGGACUCUUGGAUAAGAGCCGUCGCAAAGUUCUAUGUCAUGUCGUAAACGCGGCUAGUAAGGCCUCCCCUACAGAGGCAGCCCAAAAGUCCCCUGGAUUUACGAAUGGGCCCCUAGCUUUCCACACCGAUAACUGCGAGAUCUUGGCUCUGUAUGCUCUAGAUGUUGCCACCACGGGAGGCCAGACGUUUGUCUCGAGCUCUUAUCAGUUGUUCAACGAACUAGCCCAAUCAAGGCCAGAGGUCUUGCAAACCCUUUCCGAUUAUUGGGUCCUUGACACAUUCAAGGAUUAUAGCCAGUUCCCCCCUGUCACGCGGCCCAUGCUCCAUGUGUCCGACACAGGAGAUGUCAUGUUCACGUAUUCACGUUUCCCCAUGGCCGGCUUCAAAGGGAAACAACGUAAUUCGAGCUUGGCACCAGUAAGUGAAGCUCAGAUUGCGGCCAUGGACGCUGUGCAGUUUGUCAUGGCGAAGAACGCAGUCCCCUUGCCCUGGAAAAAGGGUGAUAUCGCCUUCAUCAACGACAUGGCGAUAAUGCACGCACGGUCUUCUUUUACGGAAAGCGGACAGGGGCUCCAGCGACAUCUGCUCAAGUUCUACCUUCGCGAUCCGGCACAGAAUUGGAAGAUUCCGGAGAGCGCGCAGAAGCAGUGGGAUAAGAUCUAUGGUCCUAACACUCCCGACGGAGGGAGGGAUGAGGAAUGGUGCAUCAAGUACGAAGCCGGACAGGAAAACGACUGGGAGUCAAACGGAUAAUUCCUUCGAGAUAUAACUAACCCUUCUUCUCGCUCCAAGGUCUCCUCUCAGCUUCGAUUCGUUGGACACGAUUACAGUUUG